AUGUGCUACACUUGCGAGAAGCAGGAGGGCGUGGAGAUGUGGUUGGAGAGAGACGAGGACAGCAUGACCACUGGGCACCGCACACUACAGAGAGGCAGUUGCAAAGUUUCGCCAGAGCUCACAGUUCCUCUUAUCAGCCGGCAGACACCUGACUUGGGGAAUGCCAUCGUGGCAGGGCUUAGUGAGGAAGCGGUGGAGGAGGACAAGCUAAAAUCAACAACGUUAAAAAAGAAGAUUUUAAAUGGAUUAGGCUACUUAUCUCUGGAAUCAGUGGGCCCAGCAACUCUGGAUGAGGGGCAGGAGUGUGAGAAGGUUUCUGAAUUCGGGGAAGAGGAUGAAAACUUCUGGCCGUGA